AUGUCGGACCUCAAGGCUAACGUCUCGGAGACCGCCGAGGGUUUCCACGUCGAAGGCUAUGAGAAGAUCACCUACGAUUUCACCUUUGUCGACGGUGUCUUUGAUCUCGCAAACACCCAGUUGGCUAAUUGCUACAAGCAGUGGGGCCGAGUGCUUGCUGUCACAGACAAGAAUGUGUUCCGGAUGUAUGGAGCCAAGAUGGAGAAGUACUUCGAGCACCACGGCCUGAAGUUUAAGGUUCACCAGACCUCCAUUGGCGAGAAGGCGAAGACGAUGGACACUCUUCUGAGCAUUUGCGACUCAAUGACCGAGUUCGGCAUUAUCAGAAAGGAGCCAGUCCUUGUUGUCGGAGGCGGUUUGGUCACAGACGUUGCAGGAUUCGCGUGCGCGGCCUAUCGGCGCAACACAAACUUUAUCAGAGUUCCUACUACAGUUAUUGGUCUGAUUGAUGCCAGUGUCAGCAUCAAGGUCGCCGUCAACUACGGCAACUACAAGAACCGCCUGGGCGCUUAUCAUGCCCCGAUCCAUACGUUCCUUGACUUCACCUUCUUGCGCACUCUUCCCGUAGCCCAGGUUCGGAACGGCUUUGCAGAGCUCAUCAAGAUUUCGUCGUGCGCUCACCUUGAGGUGUUCGACCUCUUGGACAAGUACUGCGAGCAACUCAUCGAGACAAAGUUUGGCAGGGCUGACAACGCCCCUGAAGUAGUCCGCAAGGCCGCUGAUAUUAUCAACCGUGAAGGAAUUUAUGAGAUGUUGAAGCUCGAGUCUCCCAAUCUGCACGAGAUUGGGCUUGACAGAGUGAUUGCUUAUGGUCAUACAUGGUCACCGCUGCACGAACUUGUCCCCGAGACACCACUUCGCCACGGCCAUGCAAUUUCAAUCGACAUGGCCUACACAGCGACUCUGGCCAAACAGCGCGGCCUCCUGUCCGAUGCCGAGCACAAGCGCCUGCUGACACUCUUUUCUCGCGCGGGCCUGUCAAUUGAUCAUCCUCUUUUCAACGACGAGGUGCUUGCCAAAGGCACCGAGGCUAUUCUCAAGACCCGCGACGGACGCUUGCGCCUAGCUGUGCCUAACCCCUUGGGUAGCUGCAGCUUCGUCAACGAGUACACGACCGAGGAGCUUUCCAAGGCUCUGCACCAACACAAGGCCGUGUGCAAGACAUAUCCGCGCGAGGGUGCUGGACUUGAAGCCUACGUUGACAGCAGCGACACUGGGUACACAGACAACACUACCGAGGAUUCGAGCGUGGAAGAGGCAGCUCGCCAAGCCGGCCUCAUCUCUGAUAGCCAGCACUUGAAUGGAACCAACGGCAGCAAGACCAAUGGUGAAGCUCAGGCGCGAGCAACUGUCAAUGCCGACAAGUCGCUACUCGAGAAGGGCAAGGUCGUGUUCGACGGGCUCCUCAAUGGUCGUGGUGUCAAGGCGCAGGCUUAA